CCGCUGGACGCGGACCGGACGUGUCGGGAACAGGAGGAGGACGAGGAGCUGGGACUCUUGUAUGACAGUCUAGAUGAAUUCAACAGCGAAAGUGGAUUUGACAUCGAGGACAAUGACAGCGUCAUGAGCACCCCAAAACCAACGCUGAGGAGAUAUUUUGAAGGUGUUUCCAAUUCCGGCUCUCAGACUGAAAUCAGCCAGAAGGGGACAGACAAGUCCCUCAGUGCAAUGGACAGAGGGGACCAGAAACUUGUCCACACGCGCUCGGAGGACACAGACCCCGGACCGGCUGAUCAAACCAGUGAACCUGUACCGGCAGCAUCCAUGGCACCAGAUCUGGGCUCCUGGGAGCCCGUCGAGCGAAUACCACAUCUGGGUAUGAUCUCCAGAACCGAGUCCCAAAUUAUUAUGUCUCCCAGACAGGAGAAUAAACUGUCCCGGGGUCCUCGCAGUGUUUCUAUGAAAGAUCGUCAGAACUCCCGAGUUACGGGUGACCGAGGGAGCAGCCUGGAAGGUGAAUUUUCCCCGGACUCGCGGCUCUUUAGUCAGGUGCCACGGAAAUCCGUGUUUGAUGAACUCAAUGAGAUUCUGGGAGCAGAACAGCAACUUCCAGACAGCAUCAUCCUAGUCAACACUACAGACUGGCAUGGACAGUAUGUCCGGGAGCAGUUAUCGGAGAAGCGGCAGGCGGUGUCCACGUGUUCCUCCGCCGACGUCCAGGCGGCUUUCUGUGGGAUUAUCACUCGGAUCCAGAGAUAGUGAGUACCUGCGAGCCGGA